GUGAAUCAUAAUAUCCAAAAGUACCGCCAACUGUAUAUGACACAUUUCUGGUUAUAACCAAAAAAUAUUUUUGUGGGUGACGUUUGAUCGUAGAAUCUUUUUAGAUUUUUCGACGUAUGAUUUAGUUAUUACUUAAUAUUUAUAUGUCUCACGCACUACGUUAAAGAAGUGUUAAAAAAAUGGACACCAUAUUUCACGAAAAGUUUAUUGCAGCAAGAGGGAUUUUUAUGCGCACAACAUUGUUUAAACGCACUUCUACAAGGACCAUAUUACAAUGCUGUAGAUCUUGCUAGUUUAGGUCACCAAAUGGAUGAAGAGGAGAGGAUAAGAAUGGCAGAAUCUGGUGUUGACAGCGAAGAUUAUAAACUUUUUUUAGAGCAACCAUCAGGAAAUAUGGAUGACAGUGGAUACUUCUCAGUUCAAGUAAUCAGUAGUGCGUUAAAAGUUUGGGGAUUAGAGUUAAUUCCAUAUAAUAGUACGGAAUCUGCAGCUAUAAUGGCACAGAAUGAUCCUUUAGAAAUGAAAGCAUAUAUUUGUAACUACAAAGGUCAUUGGUUCACUAUAAGAAAAAUCGGAAGACAAUGGUUUAAUUUAAAUUCAGUACUAAGUGGGCCAGAACUUAUAUCGGAUACUUAUCUUUCAAUGUAUUUAGCCCAGUUGUUACAAGAAGGUUAUUCUAUUUUUAUUGUUAUUGGUGCACUUCCACAAUGUACUGCAGAUGAUAUUCUUAUGAAAAAUCCAAUAGAACCUAUGUCAAAAGGACAAACAUCAUUAAGAACAAAACCAAAAGGUUAUUAUCUAGCUGUAAGUAAUAAUGUGAUAUCAAAUACGUUUGCCAGAACAUUAACUAGUAAGGAAAAGGUACCGACAAGCAAAUUACAAGAAAAGAUAAUUCCCAUAAAGAUUGAGAAAAGUGAUGAAGAUGAUGAUGAAAAUACUGAAUUACAAAGAGCACUUCAAUUAAGUUUUGAAGAGAAUAAAAGAAACGAUGUAGAUAAAUAUCUUAAAUUAAGUUUGGAUUUUCAUGAUUACAAUAAAAAAGCAUGUGGGACUGAUGACACAGAUGAGGAUGAUGAUUUAAGGCGGGCUCUUCAAUUAAGUUUAGAGUGUGCUACUGCUCCUUCAACACCAGAAUCUGAAGACUUACACUGGCACCAAUUAAAUCACUUUGGUACAUACUCAAGAACGUCAAAUGGAGAAACUUCACAGAAAUUGAAUAUUUAAUAAUAUGUGCAAGAAUAUUUUUAAUAUUAUAUUAAAAUAAAUUUUAUUUGUAAAUUAUAAAUAACUAGUUACUUUGUGUAGUAUGGAUAAGUAUUUCAAGAAUAAAUAUAUAAAUAAAAGAUCUGUACAUGUUAUAAGUUUUAA